GGCCAUUCUGUGGUUCUGUGAUUCACUUAUUUGUGCCUUCACAGGUAAUAGAACUGCCACUUACAAACCCAGAACUUUUUCAGCGUGUGGGAAUUAUACCUCCAAAAGGCUGCCUGCUCUAUGGCCCCCCUGGUACAGGGAAAACACUUUUGGCCAGAGCUGUUGCUAGCCAGCUUGACUGCAACUUCCUAAAGGUGGUGUCAAGUUCCAUAGUGGACAAGUACAUUGGUGAAAGUGCUCGACUGAUCAGAGAGAUGUUUAAUUAUGCCAGAGAUCAUCAGCCAUGUAUCAUUUUCAUGGAUGAGAUCGAUGCUAUUGGUGGCCGCCGUUUCUCUGAAGGCACUUCAGCUGACAGAGAAAUUCAGAGGACUCUGAUGGAGCUGUUGAAUCAGAUGGACGGAUUUGAUACUCUGCACAGAGUUAAAAUGAUCAUGGCUACUAACAGACCAGACACUCUGGAUCCUGCCCUUCUGCGGCCUGGAAGGCUGGAUAGGAAGAUCCAUAUCGAUCUGCCAAAUGAACAAGCCAGAUUAGAUAUUUUGAAGAUUCAUGCAGGUCCCAUCACUAAACAUGGGGAAAUAGGUAAGUAUUUGUAAUUAUUGAUAUCCUGCCUGGAUAUUCUACCUCAGCUUGUAAAAAUGGGAAGAGCACGGCUGUAAAUCAAUAAGAUGAUGUGAUUCUCAUCAGGUAGUUUCCUGUUAUGCAAACAAGCAGCAUUUCUCUUAGCCAGAAAAAUAAAAACAAUAAUUAACAAAAGAAAUCCCACCCUACCGCAGUAAUGGGCUGAAAAUAAGCAGCUUUAAAAGUCAGAGAAACUUAACUUGGGAGUUUAGAGAUGGCGUAAUGAAAACCUUAUUAUUACCUGAAAAUGAGUUUGUCUUUGGUCACUGGUGUAGAGGAUUCUCUACAGCACAGGGGAGAACUAUCAUAAAUCUGGGGAGCUUCAUCUGAUGCCUGCAUUUCUCUCUGCUGACCAGCCUGUGUUCUCACAGCUGAGUUUCAGAGCCUUCCUCAAGAAAGCCGUAACUGUGAUCUGACUUGAAAACAAUGUCGGCUGCCUUUUAUUUCAGCGGGGCUCUGCAGACCUUGCCUGCUUAUUGCCAGCCCCGUGCCGCCCCCUCUCUGCCCCCGCCUCGUUGCUGACACCAGCUAUUCAUCAGCCAGCCUGCAUGAGCUGGGUAGUGGAACUGAUCUCGUUCACCAUCUGGCUGCAUAAACAGCUGCAGCUCAAUAGAGGGUGGCUCAGGAGCAGGGAUGAGCUGGGGGAGGGUGAGAGUGAUGAGGGCUGCCUUUUUAGCCGUGCUGUUGGCAUAAAUGUGCGUCAGGCUGUAGGCUAAGAUACAAAAGAUGCUCCCAGGCAAAUCAUGAGCCUGGUGUGAUGUGCUUUGGCCUGUUUCACUGUAUGUUUGGGGGCUAAAACUAAAGCAGGUGGGGUCAUUGACACCGUUUAGCACAGGGAGGUGUGAAGGAGUUACAGCUAAACUUCUGAAUGUCGUGUGGGAGGGCAGUGGUGCUCAGCUGCGACUUCCUGGAACGAAGUCCACAAUGAUCUCAUCAGCAGAAUGGGCUGUGUGUGGCAUUGGAACCCUGUGAUAAAGACCUGAUUAAGAAAUGACUUUUAGUGUGCAGCACUAAAGGCUCAACAGGCAGUGUUUUGAAAACCUGCUACAGAAACCACAACCGUAGCUGUUGCUCUUGGUAAAUGUAUGCAUAAAGUGUCAGGCUUUGUAUCCCAGGGCGCCUAAAUAUCUUCUGUAGAUUCACUUGAAUAAGGGGAAAGGGACUGAGAGGAUGGCUUGGAUUUCAGUUUUCUGGUAUUUUUUUAUUGUUCACGUGAUGAUUUCAACACUUACUUGAUCCUUGCAUUUCAUGUUGAUGCUCAUAGUGUCCAAAUCAGUAACUCUGGGAUUUCACUUUGUAAUAUGAACUUUCAGCUCAGAUACGUUUAUUUGUUAAUGGAUGGGUUAAUACAGCUGAUUAUUUCAGUUCAUGUAACUUACCAGCCUUGUAGGGUGGAAUCACAGAAUCACAGCAUGGCCUGGGUUGCACAGGAGCACAGUGCUCAUCCAGUUCCAACC